CAAAUGGAAAAUCUCAGCUCAGACCGAAUGGCCCUUAGUGGUUAUUAUGGUGCUCAACAGAAUGUGCAAGGACUGGUACAAUUAAACUUAAUGGAGCCACCCCAUGAUGGCUACUAUGUUAAUCAACAGAGCAUGCAAGGGCUGGGACAACUGACUUCUAUGGCUCCCAGCCAUGAUGGCUUUUUUGGAACUCAACAAGGCAUGCAUGGUCUGGGACAAUUGGAUUUCCGGCCUUCGUCUAGUUUCACUUAUGCUUUGCAGGAGGAGGCUCAUUUGAGAUCGGCACAGUUACAUGGCAGUUCAUCAAGGCAUCCGUAGGAAACACCCUUUUAUAUAGAUUUGAUAUUAUUUGGCCAUUGAAAGUAGUGUAACAUCGUGGUUAGGAUUAUUGUGGUUAUAUAGGAAACAAAUCGAGAAAAUUGGAAGUUCCUCCUUGAAGGAAAAAUGACUCAGUAUUAGUCUGGAUCUAACCUUAAAUUAGAAAUAUUCUUAUUUGUUUUAAACGGGAAGAACUUCGAAUAUAGGCCGGCUACAUGCCUUUCUUGAGUCAUCCGUGUAUAAUCAAAAUAGGCAGCUUGAGGCUCUGAAGUAUACCUGAGUAUCUAUGAUAAAGCAGCUUGGUUCUAUGUCCAAGACCAAAGACUAGGUUAGUGCCUUGGUUAAUCUUUGUUACAGAUGAUAGAAUCUGCAUUCUGUAAAUUCUUUUGUGAUUUUCUUUAAUUGUUUGAUGAAAUGUCCUUUGCAGAUCCA